AAUCCCUUCUCAUCUCAAGAACCUAAGCACCACUUUCUGAGUGCCAUCUGAUUCAAUCUAGAUCGGAUUUGUAAGGUAUUAGUAUGGGUACAAAUGCACCUGCAUUAUCUGCCCCCAGUAGCAAGAAAUUUGGUUUCUUCCAAUCAUUUUUCAAGAAAUCAGAAGAUGAUGUUGAUUCUCAAGAUGCCUCAUUGCCCUUGCCCUUCCCAUUUCUCUCCCGUGUUGCCAAUUCUGUUAUCUCUUCCUGCUCCAGGACACUUGAUAAACCAACUGAAGAGUUGCAGCAUUCUUUUGACACUGAGCACCUUAAUAUCACUAAGGAUUCAUUGGUUUAUGCUAGAAGUUUAUUAGAAUUUUGUUCAUAUCAAGCACUGAACACGAUGACUUCGCGUCCAGAUUAUUUGGCUGAUAUAAAAUUUCGUCGCUUCACAUUUGAUAUGAUGCUUGCAUGGGAAAGGCCAACUACUGAGAAUGAACAGAACACUGUUGAUGACAAUAAAACUGUAGGGCUAGAGGCUUUUGCACGAGUUGCUCCUGCCUGUACAGUUAUUGCAGAUGUAAUCACCGUUUACAAUCUCUUUGAUGUACUGACAUCGUCUUCAGGCAACAAACUUCAUUUUCCUAUGUAUGACAAGUACCUACGCAGCCUGGAAAAGGUGAUCAAAGUUGCUGCUAUUGCGAAUACAUCUUCCCCAGAAUCCAACCUUCAGCUUCCUGACGGCGAGAUCAUUAUAGAAAUAGAUGGCACCAUUCCUACUCAACCAAUUUUUGAGCAUAUUGGAACCUCUGCAUGGGCUGUUCGCGUGAUGUUGACCAGUAAUGCUAUGUACAUUAAGUCUAUGAAGGCCGGAACAAAUGAUAAAGCUGUGAAAUUUGAACUAGCUGCGGACAUGAAGCAGGUUAUAAAGCCUGAUCUAACAGGACCGAUGGGUGCCCGUCUGUAUGAUAAGGCUGUGAUGUACAAGUCUACAUCAAUCACAGAGCCUGUUUAUAUUGAAUUUGCUGAACUCAGAGGCAGUUCACGGCGGGACUAUUGGUUGGAUAUUAAUUUAGAGAUCCUGAAUGCUCAUAAGUUCAUCAGGAUGUAUAAUCUUAAUAAGAUUCAGCAGUCGGAAACACUUGCAAGAGCAGCCCUAGGCAUUCUUCGAUAUCAUGCAGUGAAAGACGCUUUUCAGAACUUCCCAUCCAACUACAAGACCUUACUUUCUUUUAACCUGGCUGAAAAUCUUCCGGGAGGAUACAUGAUAUUGGAAACUCUUUCAAGUCGUUUGUCAUUGUUGGAUGAUAGUACCCCUCAACCUGCUAAUAGGCAACUGAGACACCCGCUAUACCAUUUGACACUUUGCAGACAUGGAAUUGUUUCAAAAAAUGAUGUUGGCAUGGAUAUAGAAGAAAUGCACCAAGCUGGUGAUGUUUGCGUUGGUGAGAUUAAUCCUCUAGAAAUGGCAGUGAAGCAAUCAAAAGAGGACAUAGGAAGGGCUGAAGCUGCACAAGCAACAGUCAACCAAGUGAAAGUGGAGGGGCUUGGUACAAAUGUAGCAAUCAUGAAGGUAAUUAUUUCAUCAAAGCAUAUCUUAUUUGAUUUGGUUAUUAGCCUCUCCAAUCAACAUGUUUCUUUAGGCGGUCCAUGUACUUGUGUUUCUGUUUUCUUGUUGGACAGGGUUUAUAGUCAGUCUGUGAUUUAA